AAUGAUAACCCAAUUGCUUUUUUCCCUAUAUAUAGAGAGAUGUGUGAGGAAGGGAAAAUGGAAACUAGAAAAUGCAGAUAAUUUCAUAUCAAACACCUUCAGUGGCUCUAAUGUUGCUAUUUCUUGGCCUUUUAAUUUCUUUCCUUGCAAUCACAGAUGCUCAGUCUAUAGGUGCCUGUUAUGGAAAGAAUGGCAACAACUUACCUUCUGAACAAGAAGUUGUUAGUCUCUACCAAGCAAACAGAAUUGGAAGGAUGAGAAUUUACCAUCCAGAUCAGCCGACACUCCAAGCUCUGAAAGGAUCAAACAUAGAACUCAUCCUUGGCGUUCCCAACGACAACCUUCGAGACCUUGCUGAUGCCUCAGCAGCAACAAAUUGGGUCCGAGACAAUGUUGUAGCCUUCGCAUCUGAAGUCAAAAUUCGAUAUAUUGCUGUAGGAAAUGAAGUACCUCCUGGGGAUUCAAAUGCAGCAUUUGUUCUACCAGCCAUGCAGAACAUUCAAAAUGCAAUAGUAUCAGCCAAUUUACAAGGGCAAAUUAAAGUUUCUACAGCAAUUGACACAACUUUGUUGGGCAAAUCCUUUCCACCAUCAGAUGGAAUAUUUAGUGACAAUGCAAACUCUUACAUAACUCCAAUCAUUAACUUCCUAAAAGCGAAUGGAGCACCACUUCUUGCAAAUGUGUAUACUUAUUUUAGCUAUACUGAGAACCCACAAAGCAUUAGUCUUGAAUAUGCCUUGUUUACUUCACCAGGAGUUGUGGUAACAGACGAUCCAUAUAAAUACCAGAACUUGUUUGAUGCAUUGAUGGAUGCCCUUUAUGCUGCUCUGGAGAAGGCAGGUGCUGCCGAUAUGCAGAUUGUUGUAUCAGAAAGUGGUUGGCCAUCCGAAGGCAGCGGCGCAGCAACAGCUCAAAACGCAGGAACUUACUAUAGUAACUUGAUUAAUCACGUAAAUCAAGGGACUCCCAGGAAGUCAGGACAGGCUAUCGAGACAUACUUGUUCGCGAUGUUCGAUGAGAACCUGAAGGAAGCAGGAAUUGAGCAACAUUUUGGCCUCUUUUCCCCUAGUAAACAGCCCAAAUAUAAGAUUACUUUUGGCUGACAGAGUAAUUACCUAGUCAAAAUGAAUUACUAUGCCAAAGGUCUAAACUUAAAUAAGGGUUUCCUAUGACCAUAUGUUCUAUCUAUGAUGUAUUAGCUUACUCAUACAAUAAAUUUCCAGAAAAUAUAGUUUAAACUUCCGUUAUAUAAAUCAAGUUCAAGUCUCAGCUUCAAUGGAACCAUCUUUGCUACUCAA